AUUGCAACAACAAUAAUGGCGGGCGAUUCGUCUGUCGCAUACAGAAGAGAAAGACGAGUUAUGAAUUAGCACAAAGUGUCUUUGAAGUUGACUGUAAAUUGACAGAAAACAUGGACAGGAACUCGGCAUUCAGAAAGGAGAUAUGCCAUAAAGGACAGCAUAUUCCUCUGGAUCCGCCCAUAGUACAUAUGUCUGCAUAUACCAAAGGUGGCCUUCACAGACUUUUUCGGCAGAUAGCUCAUCCAGAAAAAGUGAGCUUUCCCAUGUAUGAAUAUGGUCAGUUCACAGAUGAGGCUGGUCAGUUUUGCCCAGUACUGGGUGUGGUGAUGGCUUCCCGUUACAGAGUGCGACAAGUGAUCAGCCGACAGGGUCAAUCAGCAGUCCUACUGCUAGCUGAGGAUUUGUUCUGCCAUAAAAAGCAUGUGGUAAUAAAGGUGCUGCAUGCCAGUCGGUAUCAACUAGGUGCCCAGGAGACCCAAUGUUUGUGGAGACUGGCUUUGGCAGACCCCUGGGGCAACUCCAACACAGUCCACUACUUGAACACCUUUACAUUUGAUGACCACUACUGUAUUGUCUUCAAACCAUUGGUGCCACUCUCUCUGACAGACAUAUUUCAAGAUAUACCAGCUCAAAAGAUAAUUCAUAGCAUAAGGAAAAUAGCUGUCCGACUUUUAUCAACCUUGGGGUUUCUUCGGCAACAGAAUGUAAUUCAUGCAGACCUCAAGCCAGAAAACAUAUUACUUCGUGACAGGAAUGAUCUCAGCUCUGUGACUGUGAUUGAUUUUGGAAAUGCGAUCCAGCAUGUCCAUAAAGAGAUUGCCUUGUACUAUGAUGACUUUGAGCUCCAAACUCCUUUGUACAGAGCUCCAGAGGUGAUGUUUGGGAUGCCCUUUGGUAAGGAGAUCGACAUGUGGUCACUAGGAUGUAUACUGGCUGAGCUCUACCUGUCCAAACCCCUCUUUAUGGGCAACUCCAAGAUGGACAUCAUGAAGCAGAUAACUUCAUUACUAGGACCGUUCCCUGGAAGGACAUUCCAGAGGGGGAAAUUCUACAGUAGUUUCAAACACUUCACCGACAAGGUGGAGCAACCAGAUGCUACAGAACUCCUCCAAAACCAUCUCGGCUGUAGGGACUAUUUGCUUGCAGACUUUUUGUCUGGACUUCUCCGGUACAACCCAGAUGAACGGAUGACUCCAUUUGAAGCGGCAAAGCAUUCCUUCUUGGCUCCCGAGUUUCCCUUUGGCUAUCUUUUACCUCCAUCUUCAGACAAUGGCAGUGUCUCCUACUCGGCAGUUCACCUCAACAGUACCAAGUACAAACAUCGCCCUACAGUAGCUGCAGACAUCCGUAGGAGUCAGCCAAGUACCUAUGACAUACUUAGUCUUGGAACUGCAUUGAAGGAGGAGGAGGAGGAAGAGGAAUCACCCUUGGAGGGUGGUGAUACUCCCAACAAAUAUGGCAAGGUGGCUAAGGUGGUCCCAGUGCAGAGGGAACAAUCACUUGGUAAGGAUCAAAGAGGUUCAGGGGAAGUAACUCGGCAGCAAAACAGUGGAAGGAAUCAAGUCACAACAGAAAUUACAAGGAAAGGGUUGUCACAUGUUCAGAAAGUUAGGAAAGGGAAAGCGGAGCAAAAUUGUUCGCCAAACCUCAUUAAUCAAGAGUCUACACUAAGGGACACAAGGAGAGAGCAAAGAGAUCUACAGGAUCAUAAAGAGCAAUGGGAGACCAAUCGGUCAACAGACAUACAAAGACGGAGGGAAGCAUGUCAAAAUCAAUUUUUGGCCAAAAAAAGAAGGGAGAUAGAAAAAGAAUUACUCGUUGGUCAUAGGACAAGGGAAGAUCAGUACUACAACCCAUCUCUAUCGAUAGAACAUCCAUCCACUGGCAGGUGUGGACCUGCAGGGAGAUCAGAAACUAUCAACCCAUCUCUAUCGAUAGAACAUCCAUCCACUGGCAGGUGUGCACCUGCAGAGAGAUCAGAAACUAUAAAUCCUUGUUCACCUGCUGAUCGCAAGACUGGAAAAACAGAAGUAAGCAAUAAUAUGAACAGUAAUAGAGUAAACAGCCAUUCAACUAGGAACCGAGAGGAGAGAAGACGAUUUGAUAUGUCACCUGUAAAAGAACAGCAGUCUUUGAUGGGAGGAAACACUAUGUGGAAGAAUAGGGUUGUUAGAAAUGUAACUCAACAAGAACCUGUUGAAAGAUCACAGAACAGUGGGAAUGAUCAAUUCCAAUCAACAUCAGAGGAUGAAAAAUUAACAAGGGAGGAUGCAUUGCCACAUUUGAGGAGACAUUACAGAGGAAGGGAGGUAACUCCAAAUGGUCACAUUAAUCAAAAUAUCUCCUGGAAUGCUGGCAGCAUCGGAAGGUGUUACAGGUAUGAUUCACAAGCUCAGGAACUUCAAAGUAAUCAUGAGGAGAGAAAACUUUCUAGGUCUCAAUCUGACUUCAAAGAUAUGAAUGAAACAUUUGUAAUAAACUCUGACUCUGACUACUCAACAACUUUUACACACAGAAAAUCACAGUGUCAAAACAAAAGGCAAAGUCCUGAUGAUCAGAAAAAUGAAAUAAUCAGACCUUGUCCUGGAUGGUUUUCAAGGAAACAAGAUAAUGACGGUAGCUGCAAAUAUAAUGACAGUAUGUCUGAAGAACACUUAACUGUGAGACGCAGCAUUCAUCAGAAUCCAACUGCUGAAUCACAAGUCAGUAUAAGCAGAGAAUUGAAAUCUAACUCCGAUUCAGUGAGAAGUGAAUAUGAAGAUCGUCUUCCAGGGAAAAAUACACACUCACUGGAUCAACAGUGUAAUCACAUUAAGCAAACACAAACUCUGGAUACCAAUGGAAAGAUGAAACAUACCACUAAUUUCUGCCCACAGUCUCCUGGGUAUGGUAGAAAGAAAUUAAUGCUUAUACCUCCGUCACCUGUGUCAUUAUCUCAGGAAUCUGUCAACUUUCAAUCCGACUCUGAAAGACCAAGUCCAUAUAAACAAUAUCACCAGGAAAGUCCAAAGCAGCAAACGAAGAAUGGCAGACAACUUGCCUCUUUAAUGAAAGCUAUUAGGGAGCAGCAGGAUUUGGCAGAAUAUGAUAUGUCUGAAAAAGAAUCAGAUCAACAGUUUGAAGUUGAAAGUAGGACAGCCAGAGAUCAAAGAAUCAAAGGCAGCAGAAAUGUAAGGUUACCUAAAAAAUGUAUGUCUACAUCCAAAAUGUACGACUCUGUCUCUGAAGAUGAGAUCAAAUCAUUUGAAGAAAGUCUUGAUGGAAAUGGACAUGAAAUAAACAGGAAAUCAAGAUAUAAUAAUUCUACUUUUGAAACUAUUGUGAGGCCCUUGACACAGUUUCCAAGUUGUAAUAACUUGGAAAAGAGACAAGAUUACCAAGAACAAAGAAGGAAUCCAGCAUUUACAUCAAAUGUAUCUAAUAAAAAUGUGAAAGAAGAAAAAUAUUUUAAAACUGAUGAGGCUUCAACAAACAGGGUUGCACAUUGGAAAAAGAAACAUUUACGUCAGUCUUCACCUGAUGUAGUUUCUACCUCGAGACAAAACUUUGUAUGUGAUGGAGACAACACUGAAGACUCCCAGUGUCCUGUCAACCAGAAGUCUGCAAAUACACACAAGUUUUCACCAGAGGCACCUAAUGUGUCUUCAGAGGAACCCAAACACUUGAAAAUCAAAGCUAAAUGUGAAUCUGGUAGCAGAGCACAAAGUCAAGUAUAUAAUGCUGAUAUGUGUGGCAGAGCAAGUAAUGAUGCUGGCAACAACUUCGUUACCUUGGACCAAAAUGACAGGAAAGAAGUCGUUACAUCUGAAAUAACAUGCAGGAAUCAUAGCCGGGUUGAUGAGGAAACAGUAAGCAGCAAGACACAAAACAGAAAGACACUUAAAAUAUAUGAUCACAAUACUGAUAAACUUUCAGAUCACGACAUUACGAGAAAGGAAUGCAAAAUUCCUUCAUCACAAAAGAUAUGUCGGAUAAAGAUACCUUUAUGGAAUCCGAAGAUGGGUAUUCUUCAACAGCAUCUACAGAGUCUGUUGUAGUUAGACGAUCUAACAACAGUAUAGAGGGGAUCUGAUAACAAUAGAGAAGGGGCCUUACCAACAGACUCCCAUCUCUUAUCAAGACCUCAAGAAUCAGAAGUGCUUAAACCAGAUUUGAGCAGGCAAGUCUUGCAAUCGAAAGUAAAAGUGAAAAAAGUUGCUAAAAAAAGACUGAAUUUUACACAGGCAUUGAAACCUCUCAAAACAAAUAAAACUAAGUUCAAGACACUUUCUAAACCAAGAGUGACUCCUGUUUCAAAUCAGGAUAACAACAGGGAAGAGGAAGGUCCUUAUGUUUUCUUAAUCACUCCAGAAAAAAAUGUCUCUUGUCAUUCAAAAGAAAAUGCCAUGGAAAAUUCUUCUGUAUGUAGGAAAUCCAAACAAAUGCAUUCAAAUACAAUUUUAGACACAAGGACGAAAGGAAGGAAAAAUUGCUCUCAAAAGAACCCUGGAGAAAAGCCCAUCCAAGAUUUGGAAAAGCAACCAAGGAAAUAUAGAAGGAAGAACUGCUCUCAAAUAGACUUUGAGGAAAGCCGUAACGAAGAUUUGGUUAAGCCACAAAGAAAAUUUCAUAGAAGGAAGGUAGGUUCUCCAAUGAGCAGUGAAGGAAACCCUAGCCAAGAUUUGGGUAAGCAACCAAGGAAAUUUCAAAGGAGGAAAUUUAAAGAUAACUUUGUUGAGGAGGAAUUCAACCAAUCUAGGCAAGAACAAACACAAAUCACCAGGUCAAAGGAAAUACAGGAUGAGUGCAUAAUGAUGAAUGAGGAGAAAUCAUCACUCCAGUCUUGUAGAAAUUCAAAUGAUGUUCAGUUUUACAGAACAGACUGUCAGGUUACAAAAAGAACGAGUGUGAUGACAGGAGAAACACAGCAACCUGCCCAAACAGAGAAUAAUAUUGGACAAAAACAUAAACGAAAAGCUGUUAGUUUUCCUAGAACAGGUAUGAAGAGGCAAAAAUCGUCCAAUAACUGGGAUUCUGACUGUAGUAGUAAGAUCAGUUGUGAAAAAUUAAGUGGGCAGCUCAACAAAAAUGGCAUGGAAAUUCAACACUCUUCAGACAGAUUUAGUGAUUGGAGUAAGGACAAAUCGGACAGGGAAUACGGUGAAUGUGUUGAGGACAGUGAAGGUGAAGUGAGGUCAGACUUUGGAGCUGUGGAGGAGGAUUGUUUAUACACAGAAGUUACGAAGUCAAAAAAAUGCAGACCUGGGGAAAAAACGGCAGAGGAAUAUAAUGUUCACCAUAAAAAGAUUAAGGAAAGUAAUGAAACAGAUAAAUGGCAGUAUAGUGUUCAACAGUACAAAACAAAUCUUCCAGAACAUGCUGUAUCGGAGGACGAUUAUCAAGCAGCACAGACUGUGCAUGUGGUCAAGUCUAGAAAUCACCGCCACAUGUCACCAAAGAAAUCACACUCUACUGGACAUCAGCACAAAGAUAGUGUAGGAUUAGAAGGAAAGUCUGCAGCUAAAAGAUGUAAUAUGGUUGCUAUUGGAAAAUCCAGACGGAUUACCGAUAUUGAUGGAAAUACAUUAGUGAAUAAGAUAGAAAAUAGGAAAAGUUACUCACAAAACAGAUUCAGUAGUGCCAUUUCAGAAGAUAAAAUUCAACAGCACCAUCUUGGACGACCAUACAGAGACCACAGACAUGCCGUGAUGCAGAGGGAAGAGAUGCAAAAUGAGAUGUACACUCAUUCUUCAGUAGAGGAAAGUGUUGGUGAAGAUGAAAUGUAUUCCUCAGGUUCAGAAGAGGUAUUGCUUGUGUAAUGUAUUACAGUAAUGGAAAUCUGUAUCUAUAUCAUUAUAUUAAUAACUCAAAUAGUUUGGUUCAUUGCCCUUUUCUGUCAAAUUGUAAUGGUUUCUUUUUAAAAACUGAAAGUCAAGAACUUGUUACGGAGAGCCAGUGUCCUCAUGUAAAUAUCUAUUUGCACAGGUACUAAACUUAUCUGUAAAUACAAAAUGUACACCUAUUGUAUACUGUACAACUGUUAAAUUUUACAGGAUAAUAUAUUGUAGUACUAAUUGUUCCAGUCAGAUCCAGUUUGCGGGUAUUUUAUUUGUGCAAUUAUGCCUUGCAAACCUUCUGCAGUAAAUUGUUGUACAUUGUAUAUGUAUCUACAAUGUAUAAAUAUUCCUUUGGUAUUUUCAUUCUAUAUUAAAGCCCCCCACCCCUCUUCGAAUAUUAGAAAUGAUGCAGUAUAUUGGGUGUACAUGUAUUGACAGAUGGAGCUGGUAUCUGGUCUGUGUAUGGCCAACAUGUACUGUGUAAUUGACCAAUAGGUACGUACUGUGUUGAAAUGCUAUAAAUUUUCUUUACGAAAAUGACAUUGACCUACUUCCAAGGUACUCAAAUAUAAUAUACAAGUAUAAACUAACGAAAUGAUCUGAAAGACCAUUGGGUGUAGUGCCAGAGUACUUUGAUAUAUUAUGUAUACCAGUCAUGCAUAUUACAUUGAAUUCAGGAGUCAUUUUGAAGUGCCGCCUUCUUGGGUUUAGGCUAUAUACAGCUAGAUAUAUAGAAUGUGAAUGGGGAAGUAUUUGCACUGUUUUUUUCUUUGAGAAAGUUUCUCAUGAUUGCUGAAAUAACCAGGGACAUGUUAGUUAAUGCGUACAAAGUGGUUUGUCUGUUUUUAAAGGUAAUAUUUCAGGUAUAUAUCUUCACUGACCUGCAGAUGUUACUGCAGGCCUUGAAAAUCAUUAUUGUCAAGGUUCGUCUGAAAACAACAAAAAAUCAUCAGGUCUAUCCUCAUUUUAUAAAAGAACAACUCUGGUCCAACCAUUUGGAUUGCAAUAAACGAAAACAGCCCUGGUGACUGACACAGGUCCUCGGUUUGAAUAAAUACAUGGCACAUACUAUCAUUUUAUGUGAUUUACUGUACAUGUAAUGAAUAUUUCAUCAGUAUAUUAUUGCUAGUCUACUUUCAUAAUUAUAUAUGUGGAGCCAUUCUGUUUUAUAGAAAAAUAUGUCUUCUGUGGUAUUACAAAAACUGCCCGAUAUUUUGUUGGAGCUGUGAUAGCUCAUUCAGUUAGAGUGUCAGCCUAUGUAACCUCAGGAAAGCUGAGAAACAGACUCGUCUGUGCUGCAGUGGUGGUGUCCUUGGGCAACACACUUUACCCCAAAUUCCGCAAUUGCUCUGAAUGGCACGCCAUGGUCCUCUUGUAUGUUGCUGGGUGAGGGAGCCACCAGCUACUACAAGGAGACGCUGCCUCAAAAUGACCCUGGCUGUUAAUCAGGCCUUUAAAACCAACACAUUUUGUUGUCAGACUGAGUACUCUUUAAUUUUGUCUUAAUCCUUGAGGUAUGCUGUUGUCCAUCUUCUAUUUUAUCCAGAACAUUCAGAACCAAUAUACAAGCUGCAUGAAUUGAUUUCCGUGAAAUUUCCAGUUUGCUAGAUAACCUUUUUAUGAUACAAAGCUACAUAGGCUAUAUUUAUUGGUAGAUGUAAUAACUUGUGCCAGUUGCAGAAAUGUUGACAAGGAAACUUACCUGGUGUUCUUUGUGUAUGAGGAUCACUUUGUUCAAAGAGUUAUUUCACUUAUAAACAAUCUACAUUGUAUACAUCAUAUUUUUAUGGUGAAUAUCAGUGAUUCCUGGUGUUCGCCAUAUAAGGGUAUGUGCUAUGACAGGUGUGACUGUAUAUUUGUUUUGAUAUUUAUUCUUGUAUUAAAUUAAGUUGAUAUUUAAAUUAUAAUUGAAAGUGUUUCACUGAAGGAUUGAAAAUUUGCAGUACACUUCUUUAGGAUAAAUUUGAUUAGGUCCCACUAUUACAAUUUGUUAAAUUUAUUAUAAAACCUCAGUGUGACAUAUGAGAAAAUGUGAUAUGAUUAAGGCAGCUUUUUCAAAAUAAAAUAUUCCUUGUG